AUGUCCCUCGGCAAAAAGGGCGAGUCUGCCCAUCCACUCAAGAUUUUUGAUAUCGCCAGGAAGCAGGAUCGCUUUUUAUACGCUCUCGCGCCUAUGGUCCGAUAUGGAAAGCUUGCCUUUCGACAAACAGUUCACAAGUAUGGAGUUAAUUUUUGUUGGUCCCCUAUGAUCCUUGCCAAGGAGUUCAACCGCAGUAGCUUUGCUCGACACAGUGAUCUAACUGUCUCUACGCAACCUAAUCAACCCCCAACUAUCGUCCAGUUCGGCGCAAACGACCCCUUGGAACUUGCUCGCGCAUCAGCUCUCGUCGCGCCCUCCACCCAAGGCGUUGAUCUCAACUGCGGAUGUCCUCAGUCUUGGGCCUGCGCCGAGACUUUGGGUGCUGCUCUGAUGAAUCAUCGUGAGCUGGUCCGAGACAUGGUGGUCGAGACUCGGCAGCGUCUGGCAAGCGAUGGAUGGGGCGUUGGCCUCGAGAAGGAUAUUGAUAGCCCAAAAGGUCGAAGUGUGAGUGUGAAGAUCAGGAUACACAAUGAUCUCAGGCAAACAAUGGACUUUAUAGACACAGUGAUAGGACAUCCUCAAAACCGUCAGAUCGAUUGGCUCACUAUUCACCCACGGACAAGAUCAACGCCAUCAACCACCCCUAUCCGGACUGAAGCACUUGAGAUACUCACGGAGAAAUACUCAAAAAUCCUACCUAUUCUCCUCUCUGGAGAUGUCUUUGACCUCUCUACUCUUCCUUUUCAACCCACCAUCACCACCAACAACGACGCCCCCCUUCCCUCACCAGACAAGCUCGUUCUCAACGACACCACAUCCGCCGUGAACACGCCACGCCCCAACAACACUCACCUCUCAGGCUUCAUGUCCGCCCGCGGUCUGCUUGCCAACCCGGCUAUCUUUGCCGGUUACUCGUCGUGCCCAUGGGAAGCCGUGGAGACAUUUAUGUGCAAAGUUGCGCAAGCUCCUGUGCCGUUCAAGCUGGUUCAGCACCACGUCAUGGAGAUGACGGCACCUGGCAUGGGAUCUGACAAGACUUCUCUUCUGGAAAAGAAGGAGCGCGCUGAGCUCAUGAAGUUGAUGAAUACUUGUGAAAUCAUCGACUUUCUCGAUGAGAAGAUCGAUGAGAAGACGGGUAGAGUUGGUGGCAUGAGACGGGACCUGUGA